AUGGUAGAAAGCCAGAAAAUCCCAGGAGUGGACCUCGGGGCCACCGCCGAGCCUCAAGUUGUCCGCAUCAUGGUGAAGGCCCCAUGGCAGAAGGAAGAAUUCCUAGUCCACCAGGACAUGCUUGUCAGAGAGUUAAAGGAACACGUGGGCAGGCAUUUUUCCUCUUCUCCUGACCGAGUUGUGCUGGUGUACACCGGAAGGAUCUUAAAAGACCACAAGACCCUCGGCCAGCACAGGAUACACCUGGAUGACGAUGCCACCAUCUUCGUGGUCCUCCGGUCCCACCGGGUGCCCCAAUCCCGGCAAGCCACUGCAGUUCUGACCCACCCCACCUUAGAUCAGAAGUCCCCUCCGAGCAGCACUUUUGCCAGUGACAGCCUCCGGGAGCUGACGGCCAGCCUGGGGCUCAACACUGCCAAUUUCGCCGAGUUCCAGACCCAGCUCAUGUCCAACCCCGAUCUGAUGCUCCAGCUCCUGGAGAACCCCUUCAUCCAGAGCAAACUCUCCAGCCCUGACCUGAUGAAGGAGUUGGCCACCGACAACCCCCAGGUGCAGCAGGUGAUGCAGAAAGCCCCCGAGAUCAGCCACGUCUUUGGCUCUCCAGAGGGCAUGAAGCUGGUGGUGGAGCUGGCCAGGAACCCAGCGGCUGUGCGGGAAAUCAUCAAGCCUCCACCUCAGGCCUCGGGUUUCCCUAGCGGGGAUAACAAUGGCUCCCUGCAGGGCCCUUUCGUUGAGGUGCCGGGUCUCCUGCCCAAGGGCCUUCCAAAGAAGCUGUUGGCCGGCUUUGCUGUCGGCCAACCCCCCGUCCAUCACUGUGAAAAGCUGUCUGCUAAAGAGCGGUCGCUUCCUACCAAUAUUCGGCCACCAAGGCAGGGUGCCCAGAACACCACUGCUGGCAGCAGUGAUCAAAGCCACGGAGAAAGCAGUGGGGUGAAGGAAGAAGCCGGGCAGCUGGUCUCCACCGCUGUGAAGAACCUGCUCCAUCAAAUCAUCCGGCACCUUAUGGAGAGCAUCACCAACAGUCCUGGCAGGAACGCCGCCGGGCAGGGGCUCAGCCAUGCCCCAGAGCUGGUGGCCAAGAUGAUCCGAAAGAGGGCCGUGGUGCCCAGGAAUGUCCGAGAGCAGGCUGCCGCACACAUCCCAGCGCUCCUGCAGCAGAUGCAGAACACAGACGUCUUCUGGGCAAAUUGGAGUCCAAAGGAGGUCCAGGGGCUGCUAGAAAUUCAGCAGCGGCUGCAAGCUCUUGCUGCCGACGAGCCGGCCAAAGGACCCCACAGAGCCGAGCGGCCCGUGCGGAGAGCCCACUCCAACACAUCCCUCUGUGAGGUGGCCCCACCUGCCUCUCGGGCGGGGCAUCAGGGCUUCUCUGCCCAGAGGAUCCUGCAGGCUCUGGUGGGUACAGAUUGGGCGGCUGGUGCCAAACCCCUUAGCAGCUUGCGGGGCUCUUCGGCACAACCCUCCUCCAAGCAACAGCGGACGUACAAGCUCUGA